GAUGGAUUAAAAGGACACAUGAAUUCUUAAGUCGGUUGGGGGUUUGGGCAUGGUUCCAAUCAACGGCAGGCAUUUCUUAUUAAAAAUAAGAAUAAGUUGAAGCAGCAACAAGCGCGCGGUGAUAUCUUUCGCGCGGCAACUCUGAGUUCGUUUUGUUUCUCGCUCUGAAGACUUGCAAUGGCGUCCAUUAAACGCCACCGUCCUCAAGAAGACGAACACGAGGCGAAGAAGCCCAAAUUUGGCUGUGUUUCAGAUGCUUCUAAGCUGAAGGAGCAGCAUCCAGUGGUGCUCAACCCUGCCGACUGCGACUUGGAUUUUGAGAUCAAAAGUGAUGGUCUUCGAGGAUCAGCUCUUUAUGAGAAAGGUUUUGCUUAUUGCUGGUCUGGAGCUCGGGCCACUGUGGGAAUUACUGGUGGAAAAUAUUGUUUUGGUUGCAAGAUUAUCUCUUUACAGCUGGUUGAAAUGAAUGAUACUUCUCCAGAUCAGCAGCAUCUUUGUCGUCUCGGCAUUUCCAGAGGAGACAGCUCAGUGGGAAAUCUUGGAGAGACUAAACAAAGUUUUGGAUUUGGUGGCUCAGGAAAGUUCUCGAACGCUGGAAAAUUUUCUGAUUAUGGUGAAAAGUUUGGGAUUGGUGAUACAAUUGUUUGUGCAGUAAAUCUUGAAAGCAAGCCCCUAGCCUCUAUUGGAUUUUCCAAAAAUGGCAAAUGGUUGGGUACUGCGAUACAAUUUGAUGCUGGUCCAAGAGGCCUUGGAGUGGUGGAUUCUCCAUUGAGAAAGCUUCAAUGGGAAUCAGCAUUUUUUCCUCAUGUAUUGUUGAAGAAUGUUGAGGUCCAGUUGCAAUUCAGUAUUGAAGAGGGGCUUGUUCCAGAAGAAGGCUUUAAACCAUGGGCUUGUGCUUUGGAUGAUAAAAAUGCAUUGCUAGGGCCUACUUUUAAUAAUGUAAGAGAUUGUGAAGUCAUGAUGAUGGUGGGUCUACCGGCUUCUGGAAAAAGUACAUGGGCUAAGAAAUGGGCAGAUGAUCAUCCUGAGAAACGCUAUAUUUUGCUUGGGACUAAUCUAAUUCUGGACCAAAUGAAGUUACCAGGUCUAUUGCGAAAACAUAAUUAUGGUGAACGUUUUGAUCGUUUGAUGGAUCAAGCAACUGGGAUUUUCAAUAUACUUCUCUCUAGAGCAGCCACUGUACCUCGGAAUUACAUAAUUGAUCAGACAAAUGUUUACAAGAAUGCUCGUAGACGGAAACUGAAACCAUUUGCGUGCUUCCAGAAGAUUGCUGUUGUGGUAUUCCCAAAGCCUGAGGAGUUGGAGCGUCGCUCAGCUGAAAGAUUUAGAGAAAUGGGGAAAGAAGUACCAGCUGAUGCAGUGAAUGAAAUGUUAGCCAAUUAUAUCUUGCCCACUAGCAAGGACAUGCCUGGAUCGGAAGAAUAUUUUGAUGAGGUUAUAUUUGUAGAACUUGAUCGUGCAGAGUCUCAAAGAUGCUUGGAUGGGAUGAAACGUGCUCUACCAUCUGAAUCACGUGACAGCAAUACAUCAUUUUCUAAAGCUAGUACUGCUCCUCUUGUUUUGCCCUCAUCUCGAGAUCAAGGUCGACGUGGUAUACCAGAUGCUGGACGAUAUGGAAGUCCAAGAUUUAUUUCUGAAGUACAUCAAGAAAAUAUGAUUUCUCCUUUACCAAGAUUUGUUCCCCCUCACAGACGAUACGAGAAUUUGAUUAGUGAAACCCGGUACCCUGGUCCAAGUGGCCAUCCACUUCACAGUUAUCCUGGGAGUGAUCCUUACAGCAUUGGUGGACGUGGACGCUUCCUAGACGGUCGUCAGAUGGGUGAACUGGCCUCAAGGGAAUACACUGAUGUAGCUUAUCCCUUCCCACCCACUGGUCCACCUUAUGGAACCCCACCUCCAAGACCUACAUAUCAUUAUCAAUUUCCUUCCAAUAUGCCUUAUGAUGGUAGAGGUUAUGCCUACCCACGUCCAAGAUACCACUGAGUCACUGACUAUUUCACAGGUUCAUGGAUCGUCUUUCCUAUGUAUAUAUAAUGUGUUAAUCAAAGUCGAUUUGGUGAACAACUGUAACGAUUUUUGUUCUAUGUAUGCAUGAACAGUAAUUACCGUAAAUACAAUCUCUACAGCUGAUGAUAUGACAGAGGCACCGUUUCUUUGAAUACUUUUUGUAGUUUCAUUAGACAAAUAUGGAAAUUAGAAAACCAUGAAGAUUUUUUCUUCUUGAUUA